CGAACACUGCACACCUGCUACCCGUGGAAACAGGUUCUAACCAGCACAAUGGACUAUAGGAUAAUACUGGCCAUUUUAUGUCUGACUGCAAGAAGGGCAUCGCAAGAGGACGGCACAACAACGACUAUGUCUACAGACAUCACAACAAGCAUAACUUCGCCAAUGAGCAUGUCUACAGACAGCACAACAACCACUCCAACGAGCUCUUCUACAGACAGCACGACAACGCCGAUUUCACCAACAAGCACAUCUACAGAUACCACAACAACAUCAUCAACAAGCAUAUCCACAGACAGCACGACCGGCACAACUACAGAUAGCACAACAAGCAUGACAAGCACAUCUACAGAAAGCACAACAACCACAACGUCACCAGUGAG